AGUCUUUGAGGGUAAUAAACAUGUUUUAGGGAUAUUUUGAUGGGGUGUCGAGCAUGUUUCAGGAGUGUUUUCAGCAGUAUUGUACUUGUUCUGGGGGUAUUGAAUUUGUUUUGUGAGUCUUUGAAGGGUACUGAACUUGUUCUAGGAGUAUUUGGGGGGUAUUGAACUUGUUUUGGGAGUGCUGAGCAUAUUUUAUGGCUAUUUUGGGCAUUACUGAAUUCAUUUUGGGGUAUAGAACUCCUUUUGAGAGUCUUUGGGGGUAUUAAAUUUGUUUUAGGGUUAUUUGAGGGUGUGUUAAACUUGUUUUGGAUGUAUUCUGGGUGUAUUUUAGGGGUACGAUGCUUGUUUUGACAUGUAUUGUCAUUUUACAUGCAGUGUUAAAUCAUUUUAAAGUUUGUUUUUUCAGUUUCAUUCUGAUACAACUUCAAUGUUCCAUCCAUAACUAUUAAAUCUUUUUGUUUUCUCUAUUGUUUUAGGUUUGUGCAGUUGAUUAAGGUCUUGAUCUGAGAUUUAGGAUCUAAAGCCUGUUCAGAUCAGGUUCAGAUCAUGGCUUUGAGUUCUACAGAAGUCACUGUUUCAACUAAGGUAUGCACAGCUGCACCUCCCAUCCCCAACCUGAAACGCAAGCAACUAAUGUGGCAGAAUGCAGUACGUCACAUUAUCGACCAACGAGGAAUGCACCACGAGGGACGAGCAGCCAGUUCUCACAAAAUAAUUGUUACUGAUGCCUACAUCGAUGACAUCAACAGGCAGAUUCGUAACAAAGCUGCACGGGGCAAUGCUGGCACACACAAGCGGCGCUCCUCUGCGGCCCGCAUCCAUCCAUCACGAGAGCGCAACUCCGACUCCACGCGGAAGUCCACCGACUCGCUCAGCGACGUAGACUUCUUUGUAAGCUGGGGCUCCACGGUGCGUGGGGUCUUCCUUCCUGCUCUCCACCACAAAUUCAAAUCUCAGGAUCUCGAGCGCCUGUACCAGCAGCAUUCAUCUGGUCAGCGACGAACUUCCCUUGUAGUCACUAAUGUCAUCGAUAUCCUUACCAAACUCCAUAUUCUCUUAAUAUACCUGGCAGUGGCCCCUGAGAUGGUGGACUCUCAGCAAGGAUGGUUGGCUGGGCUCUUCAUGGUACUUGGAGCAAUCAUAUGCGUCUUAGUUCUAAGCUGUAAAGGAUUGAUGUCUCCAGAUAUCCUGCGCUAUGCUGGGCUGGUGAGCUGGCUGUCUCAGACUGUUCAGGUACUGGGUGGUUUGGUGUAUGGAUUGGAGAAGGAACAGACCUGGUAUGUGCUCUUCACUCUGUUCGCCACCUACACGCUAUUGCCCCUACCUCUUCUGUGGUCCAUCUGCACAGGGUUCCUCACCGCUUCCUUGCACCUUUUGGUGGAUGGCUUUAGGAACUACAAUGACGCAGCCAUUGUAAGAAAGUUACUAGCAAAAGGUCUGUUGUACAUGGGUAUGAAUACUGCAGGGCUCUUCAUCCACUACUUAUCGGAUCGCGCACAAAGGCAGGCCUUCCUUGAGACGCGACGUUGCAUUGAAGGACGAGUCAAGAUGGAGCAAGAGAACAAGAGACAGGAACGCUUGGUGAUGUCCAUUCUUCCUCGAUUUAUUGCUAUGGAGAUGAUUGGUGAUUUGACUGCUAUGGAUGAUGAAUUGCUUCCUCAACAGUUCCAUAAGACCUACAUUCAUCAAUACAAAGAUGUCAGUAUCCUCUUUGCUGAUAUAAAAGGCUUCACCUCUCUCUCCAUGACCAUGUCGGCUCAGGAAUUGGUGCGCACGCUCAAUGAGCUGUUUGGUCGCUUUGAUCGCCUUGCUGAGGAGAAUCACUGUAUGAGGAUAAAGAUUCUUGGAGAUUGCUACUACUGUGUGUCUGGGGUCCCAGAGCCCCAAACUGCACACGCUCGUUGCUGUGUGGAGAUGGGUCUGGCCAUGAUCAACACUAUACGUUAUGUACGCAAGGAGUUGCAGAGAGAUGUAGACAUGCGUAUCGGGAUCCACUCUGGCUCGGUUCUGUGUGGGGUUUUGGGUCUUCAGAAAUGGCAGUUUGAUGUGUGGUCUUGGGACGUAGAUGUUGCCAACAUGCUAGAGGCUGGAGGGAUCCCAGGGAGGAUUCAUAUAUCAAGAGCAACCUUGGACUGUCUAGAGGGUGUAUAUGAGACAGAAGAAGGUCGAGGCCAUGAGCGGAAUGAGUUUUUACGCAAACACAAGAUUGACACCUUUCUGAUCUGCCAUACACCGCAGGAAGACAAGGAGCCCCCUAAAGUCCGGAGAACCAGCAAAGAUGAGACUGAAUGGAGUGCUGAGCUUCCUUUCGAUAACAUCAUUGGAAUGAACUGCAUCCUAGCCACUUUCACCAAUGGCUCCCUGGUGCAGUUGCCCAAUCAGAUUAUUCCCCAUUGUGGUGGGUCUCGAGAAAUCAACAAGAGAAUCAAGCAGGCCAUUGAGGUGCGCAGUAGUGAGCGAAUGCGCAAGGAACACAUCACACCCUUCAUGCUGGUCUUCAAAGACACACACAUUGAGGGAAAGUUUUCUCAGAUGAGAGACGAGAUGUUCAAGUCCAACUUAGCCUGCUCUUUCCUCAUGCUCCUCUUCAUCAUGGCUGUUCAGGCCCUCAUCCCCUCUCCACAAAUCUGUCCUAUGGUAAUCCAGUUUUUAGUGUUCCUGUUUGUCUACAUGCUACUGCUUCUGGUCACACUGGCUGAGGAAUUUAAGUGCUCCCCACCAUACUUACAGCAUCUGUGCUGCUGGAUCCAUGAGACCAAAAGCAUCCGUGACCUGCUAACCCUCACUGCUAUUGCUAUUAACUUCGGUGUGGCCUCCUGUGAUAUUUUGUGGUGUAACACAGUUGGAGAGGCUGAGGAAAGCAACACGACCUCCAAACAAGGCUCACAGUGGACUGUGAACAUCUGCACCCAUCCUGAGUUCUUUGUUUUGAGUGGUGUGUUGGCCAUGGUGACGUGUGCUGUGUUCCUCAGACUCAGCUGUCUGUUGAAGCUGGCAGUUCUGAUGUUAGUCAUUGCAGUUUACACAUACCUUAUUGAGGUAGCCUUCCAUGUGCUCUUUAUCCGCCAACACCAAAACAGCCAAAUUCAGAGAUCUCAGUACCUCAGACGCAAAGGCAUUUCUGUGUUGCUAAUGGCCAUGUUUGUUGUGGUCGUCCUAUACAACAGUAGACAGUUAGAAACUACAGCCAGGCUUGACUUCCUGUGGCGUCUGCAGGCCAGGCAGGAAGUGGAGGACAUGAAGGAACUGAGGGAGCAUAACGAGUGUCUGCUGUACAACAUUCUUCCUGCACAUGUAGCUCGCCACUUUCUAGAGAGAGACAGGAACAAUGAGGACCUGUUCUCUGAAUCAUACGAGCGAGUUGGGGUGAUGUUUGCUUCCAUUCCAGACUUUACAGAUUAUUACGAGAAGAAAGAGUUGAUUCAUCAAGAUGUGGAGUGUCUGCGUCUUCUUAAUGAGAUCAUCGCUGACUUUGAUGAGCUACUGGAAGAGCCUUACUUCGAGGACAUAGAGAAAAUCAAAACCAUUGGCAGCUGCUACAUGGCGGCUUCUGGCCUGUCUCCUGAAAAACAGGAAUGUGAAGAUGAGUGGGCUCACCUCAGUACGCUGGUUCUGUUUGCUUUGGCCAUGCAAGAAACUUUGAAAGAAAUAAACAAACGUACCUCAAACAACUUCCAGUUGCGUGUCGGUAUUUCUCAUGGGCCUGUAGUCGCCGGGGUGAUUGGCGCCACUAAGCCCCAGUAUGAUAUUUGGGGCAUGACUGUGAAUCUUGCUAGUCGAAUGGACAGCACAGGGCUCAGUGGGCGUAUUCAGGUCCCAGAGGCCACGAGCCGGAUCCUGGCUGACCACGGCUUUGUGCUGCAGCUUAGAGGAGAUAUCUACGUCAAAGGGGUUAGCGAGCGGCGGGGAGCGGUCCGCACCUACUUUGUUAGCAGCAGGGAACAGAGCUCAAGCUACGGCGAGAGAAGCACCAGCAGAGGGAUCUCUCUCGGGAGGAACACCCUCGCCGCUGUGGUCUUUUCCCUGGUGCAGGCCCGCAAGAAAGAGGAGUUACGAGAGGCCAAUGGAGGCUUUCAUCUCAUGGAGAUAACAUGAGUUCUGAUUGAAAACUGGACAGGAAAACCAUAAUCAAUACCUCUUUUAGAGACUCUUUCAUGAGUCAUUGCCUUGGCCAGCCAUUGGGCAAACAUUUAAGCCAACCGCUGGGUUAAAACAACACAAUCGCUGGGUUUGUCCAUUUUCAACCCAACUUGGGUUGAUUUUAACCCAGAAUUUUUGUGUGAUUAUAACCGUUCAUUUAAUUGGAGGUCAUAUUCAUAUGUACUAUGAUGCUCAACUGUCACCGAUAACAUAAAUGUGCAAAUGCAGAAUGAAGAAUAUGAGGACACCCUCGCUAAACUAAUUAGCUAAUUGCCUGAUACAGUUGAAUUACUCAUUAACACUCUGGAAAAGCUAUAAAUCCCAGGAUUAUUGUUCCAACAUAUCUGAUUUUCUAUGAAAAGCAUGUAACAGAAUAUUUAGAUUCAUAGCUUUAACAAUUUUUAGAUAAUCAACCGUCCCCUUAUAUUAUGUUUACAUGUUUGUGGGACAGGAAAAGUUUUAAAGCUUCUGUCUCUAUUUCUUCUUUUGUUUUAAGGGGUCAUACUUUGAUUUUAUAGUGGAUAAUAAUUUACCUAAGAAUGUAAAUCGACUUAUUAUUGAAUUGAAAAUGUAAAAGAAACACUACUAGAUCAGGAAGGACAAUGCCAAAAAUCUUUUUGUACACUUAGAUAUUUCUGGGACACAUUACCACAUGUAAGCCAACAAACAAUGUUGCCGUGUAGGAGCCAUGUAAUGUGAAUGUCAUGUGACCAAGGGUAGAAGGGGAGUGUCUUAUUUCUUAGGUGGGGUUAAACACCUGUGUGUUAGCAUGGAAGAAUGGGGGUGAGUGCGGGAACACAUAUUUUGGUUGACCGUACAAAGCUUUACAAAUAAAACAAGGUGCAAGUAUAAAGCAUUGGAGUGUCACAGAAGUUAUUUCAUUGGGCCGCUACACUAAGUAUGCAAUUUUUAAAAAAUAUAAAUAGGGAUACUUAAUAUAUUGGUGAGAGGUACAUAAUAUUUUCCAAAAUUAUCAUUUUUAUUUUCGAUAUUUGUCUAAUUAGGCCAUUAUUGGAAACAGAAAAAACAGGCAAACAAUGGAAAAAUGAUAAAGUUAUAAUAUAUUAGUUUUUGCAUAACAUGAAAAAAAUAAUUUGUUAUCAGCAUAGUUUAUACAUAUAUAUAUUAAUGUUUAUGAAUGGUGUAUGUUUUGGGAAUGUUAAAAUAAGGCCUACCU